AUGCCUUCCCUGCCCGACUCGCCUCCUCCGGUUCCUCCCCCCGUCCCCGUCGAGACCCAUCCGAACCGCACGGUUGGCGUAAAGCCUACCGCCGCGCAACGAGCUCUCCCGGAUCCCAACCGGCUGGCCCCUGAAGAUGCAUAUUACACCUCGUCCCUGCCUCGGGCCCGGCCGACCCAGACGGGGUACGAUGAAUCUCUCCGAGCGCUCAAUGGCAAUUCGGGCACUGCCGCCUCCGUGGCGGCCCUGCGACCGCCGCCGGCGGUCCCAGGAGUAGGGAGUCGCAAGGUGCGCGGGACCAGCAGACGGAGACGACGAAAGGGCGCAUGGAAGAAGCUGCUGUGGGUGAAACAAUCAUACCCGGAUAAUUACACCGACACGGAGACGUUUCUUGACCACCUCCAGCGGAACCCCCGAGUGCGGCCCUACGAUUUCUGGCCGCUAGUGGCCGACUCCACGGUCAUUGUACAACAUGUUAGCUCCGUGGCUAUAUUUGUGUGUUGCUUUGUCGGCAUUGUACAGGGCCGCGUGAGCCCGGUCUCGGUGGUCUGCUGGGGCAGUGUCGGGACAGCGUUGGGAUGGAUCUUUUGGGACUCGUGGAUACUGAGGGAGCAUGUGGAAAAUGCGCAUCGGCUGUCCACUGUGAAAUCGGCGUUCUUGAUCUACUUCGCGCUGCUCGGGCUCAGUCCGAUCCUCAAGUCACUUACCAAGUCUACGGCGAGUGAUUCGAUCUGGGCCAUGAGUUGCUGGCUAUUGAUCAUGAACAUCUUCUCCUUUGACUAUGGGAGUGGGGAGGGCGCAGGCGCCACCAAGUUCCCGGCUUCUCUGUCCACUAAUGCAGCGGUGAUGGCCUCGACGGUGCUGGCGUCGCGCCUACCUUCUACCACACAUGUGUUCAGCUUGAUGCUAUUCUCGAUUGAGGUGUUCGGGCUCUUUCCCAUUUUUCGCCGGCAGCUGCGUCAUGUGUCCUGGACUGGGCAUGUGCUGCUGACCUUGGCUCUGGUCGGGGUUGCUGGCGGCGCGGUGGGGAUCACCCUGCGGGGAGGAUGGAUGGCGGCGGUGGUUGGCUCGAUCCUGGGGAGCAUCCUGACGGCGCUGGCCAUGGGGGGAUGCAGCUGGUGGCUCAUCAGCUUACAAAAGUAUAAGAAUGUGGUGACAGGACCAUGGGACCCUGCGCGGCCGAUCAUCCGCCGGCAUUGGGAUUAG